AUGUGGGGCGCCUCAGCCUCCAUACCUCGUCGUCCGCCCUCGGCAUCGGCCUCCGAGGAUCAGCGAGGGGCUCACGAAGGGCAGCCGGACGCGCAGGCAGCUCCUGGUCGUUCAAGGGAUGUCGUCGAACAGAUUUUUUCAGAAGUGGACGUCAACUCCUCCCUCAUGAUGGAGGCGCAGGCCAGGCUGAGGACCUGCCAAGAAAGUUCGCCGAGGACGCCGCCGAAGGUGACCGAUCCUGACCUCGGGACGCUAGAAGCCCUACAGCAGGAGCUCUCCGCGACCUACGCGUCCUACACGAAGGUCGACCUCGCGUCCGGUAUGAUAUCCCAGGACACCUGCCACGUUGACAAGAUAUACUUUCCAAUCAAUAUGGAGCAAGAGGACCCGGCUUCAAAGAGAAGGAAAGUCGCGAAUCGUUUCUGA